CAACAAAACAAAUCAGACUAUCUUUGUGGUCAGUCUGUCCUCACCACAAAUGUAACAGGAGUUUAGAAAUUGCAUGUGAAUGUAGCAAUUCAAUUUUAUUUAUAUAGUGCCAAUUCAUAACAGACGUUAUCUCAUUGCACUUUUCCUAUAGAGCAGGUCUAGGCCAUACUCUUAACUAGCACUGUGUGCCACACCUUCUGGAAGGAUCAUAUAAACAUUCAUGGUCCUGCCACCUUCCAAAUUUGAUCUAUAGCCAUUUCUCUAAGCAAGACUGGAGGAGAACUGGAGGAUGAAUGUCUCCCCACAUUCACAAACACACAGCAGCACCGUUUACAACCAGGUGGAAUUCCAUGGGGGGAGUUUGAAUAAAACUUUGCUCAGACCUCUGGAUCUGCACACUGACUUCUCCUCCCUCAAACAGUAAAAGGUGUCAAUUUGGAUACUUGCCAGACAAGACCAGAACUUUCCACCCCAAAGGAAAGACAUGUCAUGUCAUGCUAAUAGAACAACAGCAAAAUUUAAAGACAAUAAAUUGACUCUCUGGAUUAGUUUAACUCAAGGAGAAGAGAGUAAAAACAACAUCUCCUCCUCCCUUAUCUGUCUCACACACACAUGCAUAUAAACACAUUCUUUCUUCUCUUACCCCCUGAUGUGGCCUGAGAUUUGAGAGGUUUGCCAGUCGCCUAUCAUAAAAUUUGAAAGUACAUUCUUAAGUGAAGUAACUGAUAUUCUUGCUUUGUAACCCAAGUUUGAAUUAAUGUGAAUUAGCUAUCUAACCAAUCAGUAACCAUGCACGUUUCCUUGAUGUGUAACUUUUAUUUUUGUAGUUCAUGAAAUGAGCAAGUUAAUAAUUCAGGGAUUUACCCUCUUGUUUCCCAGGUGACAGCAUUGCCACCUACUGACCAACAGAGAAGUCUCUAAAAAAAAAAUUUAAAAUUGUUUAAACUUGUGCCACUUAGUAGUGUUAAAAAUUUCUGUUUAGACAGUUAAAGUUAAUUAAGACCUCAGGUAACUGAUUUAAUAAUCUGCUGAAAAAGUUGUUGGUUGAAAAAAUUCUCUUUAAAUAUUUUCUAACCACUGAUUGUAUGGCCUUAGUGAUGUUUGAGUAUGUUAUAUUUUGCGCAUAAAACAAAUUAAAUUCACUUGAGUCAGAAAAACAUAAAGAGCCAUAUUAAAAGUUUCAAACAAAGGAAUAGAGUUUUGAAACGAAAGCCCUCCUCCACGCCUAAAACUCCGCGUACUUUGGCAAGCUGACAAAAUCAACCUCACCUUUGAACUCAACGGUUGUUUUAUUUUACAUUAGUUUCUUAACACGUAUUCCUUGACGUUUUCUUUUCCUCACCUGAAGUCCGUUCACAAUUUAACCUUUUUCCAAUCAAGCAUUUUAAUACCUCAGUAUUAAACUGAAGAGUUGUUUCUUUUGACUUUUAUAUUUCUGUAACUUUACUACUAAGCCUCGCGAUUUUUAUAGCACAUGAUUUCCUUUUCAAAGUUACAAGGCUAGCUGAAGAUGUUAGUGUAGCCAGAGAUAUUUUAUUCGACAAGCCACAAUAUCACAGACUCGACAGAAGCCACCCUGACUUCUGUCACCAACUUUGAAAGAAAAUACUUUCUGAAAGAAGCCUGGACAACGUCUGUGUUCUAACACAACAAAAGGUUUGAGCUGAAGAAACUUUGAGUCCUGCAUCUCCCAGAGAACUGUGUCAGCAGCAUCUUGGCCUGGACCUUUGCCGUCUGCCCUGAAAUGAGAUCGCCAGACCGGCCAGGAGACCUCAUCAGCUCGGUGACCAACUGCUUUCAUGGAAUCACUGACCAAUUUAAGCUGCUCGCCUGCCCAGCUCCUCACCUGCACCGCUGCCCAGCUGCUCGCCUGCCCAGCUGCUCGCCUGCUCCGCUGCUGUCUCCAGUCCCUGCUGGAUCGCAGCAGCUCCCUGUCCCAGGACUCUGCUGGAUCGCAGCAGCUCCCCGUCCAAGGACUCCCUGCUGGAUCGCAGCAGCUCCUCAUCCCAGGACUCCCUGCUGGAUCGCAGCAGCCCCCAGUUCCUGGACUCUUUGCUGGAUCGCAGCAGCUCCCAGUUCCUGGGCGCCCUGCUGGAUUGCAGCGGCCUCCGGGACUCCCUGCUGGAUCGCAGUCGGCUCCUUUCCUGGCUGGAUCACAGCAGCACCAAACUGUUGUCGCCGCUGGAUCGCAGUCGCCUCCUUUCCCGGCUGGAUCGCAGCAGCACCAACCCCUUGUCUCCGCUGGAUCGCAGCAGCACCAAUCCCUCAUCACCACUGGAUCGCAGUUGCCUCCUUUCCCGGCUAGAUCGCAGCAGCACCAACCCCUUGUUGCCGCUGGAUCGCAGUCGCCUCUUUUCCUGGUUGGAUCACAGCAGCACCGAUCCCUUGUCGCCGCUGGAUCGCAGUCGCCUUCUGUUCUGGUUGGAUCGCAGCAACAGCCAUCCCUAGUCGCCGCUGGAUCGCAGCAGCACCAAUCCCUCCCAGAUGGUUUUGACACUAGACCGUAUGGCCUGAUUUUACUGGCCUGGGAUUCGGGGAGACGUUCACCAGACUUGUCCUGAAUGCCAGAUGGUUACCAGCUAGCCAUCCCGAGAGCACCUUUGCGUCCAUUGUCACUUAUGGAGGUCCCAUUUGAGCGCAUUGGUAUGGACCUCAUCAGGCCAUUUUACCAGAAUGCACGCGGAUAUCGCUUUGUGUUCUGGUAGAUUACGCAACGUGAUAUCCGAAAGCAUCUGCACAUCAUCUCUGCAAAGAGCACGGCACAGGCACUGUUUCAGGUCAUCUCUUGAGUCGGGAUCUUGAAAGAGAUCCUGACUGACCAGGGCACACAGUAUGCUCACAGUAUAUGUACUCGGCUCUUCCCUUCAACCCUGUGGUACUUUGCUACGGCCAAAUCCUGACCUCGUUCAGCAUUCUAGUUUGCUAAUUUUUUCCCUGUCUGACUCUGCCUGUCUCUGCUCCAGAUCCAGAUCCAGAUCUUCAACUUACUAAUCAAGUUUCACGGCUAACUACUCAACUCUUUUCUCAAGCCCAGGUGGCACCCCCUACACAGGCUGCUCCGCUGAAUCCACUGCCAGCAUCGCCACCACUCGGAUUCCUACGCUCCUGAUCCUGACCCCUUUGCUGGAGACUUAACUGAAUUUAGAGGGUUCCUUUUACAAUGCUCUCUGGUAUUCAGUCAACGACCCCUCACUUUUUCUUUAAACCAGUCCAAGGUACAUUACAUUAUGGGAUUACUGAGAGGAAGAGCGUUAGCCUGGGCAGAAGCAGCCCGUCUUACGCCGGCGGAGCAUUUCUGCAGAAUAAGAGCCAGUGAGUGUAUUUACUGCGGUCAGAAAGGACAGUUUCUGGUCGGUGAGUUUUCUGGGAUCAUUGAGAGCGGGCAGGAAGACGGACCCCAAAAAGAUUAAAGUGGUGGUAGAGUGGCCAACCCCUACCACACGUAAGCAACUGCAACUGUUUUCUGGGGUUUGCCAACUUUUUCUGAUGUUUUAUCACGGACUAUAGCAAAGUUGCAGGUCCUCUCACGAGACUGACCUCAUCCUCCAUUACCUUUACCUGGAACUCUGAAGCAGACUUAGCCUUAGCUAAACUUAAGGACCUUUUUACCUCAACCCCCAUCUUGAUCCAGCCCGACCCCUUACAUCAGUUCACGAUUGAAGUGGAUACCUCUGACAUAGGGGUAGGGGCUGUGCUCUCCUAGCAUUCGGCCUCUGACCAGAAACUCCAUCCCUGUGCCUUCUUCUCCCCUCGCCACUUCCAGGCAGAACAGAAUUAUGACAUAGGUAACGGAACUACUGGCGAUCAAGUUAGCAUUGGAGGAGUAGAGGCACUGGUUGAAGGGGGCAGAGCAACCCUUUGUAGUGUGGACUGAUCACAAGAACUUAGCUUACAUCCAGUCAGCUAAAAGACUCAACUCCUGUCAAGCACAUUGGGCAUUGUUUUUUGGACGCUUUAACUUCACUUCACUUACAGACCUGGGUCCAAAAAUAUUAAGCCCUCUCCAAUGGUAUUGACACAAUAGCAUUGUGUCAAUACCUCUCCCAAGACAACACCUCCGGACCAGACACUAUCCUUCCCCCUACCUGUGUUUUGGCAGCCGUCACCUGGGAGAUCGAGUCGGCAAUAAGAGGACAAGCGGAACCAGCCAGAUCCCAGUAAUGUCCACCUAAUCGUCUGUUUGUCCCUGACUCUGCUUGUUCCCAGGUUCUCCAGUGGGCGCAAUUCCCGCUUUGCCUGUCACCCUGGGAUAACCCGUACUCUCUCCCUGCUCAAACAACACUUCUGGUGGUCGACUAUGGAGGCAGAUACCCGUUCCUUCGUAUCUGCCUGCACCGUUUGUGCCCGUGGAAAAUCCACCCAUCAACCACAGCUAGUCUGCUACGCCCUCUACCUAUCCCUAGCUGUCCGUGGUCCCACAUUGAUCUGGAUUUUAUCACCGGUCUAUCCCCCUCUCAAGGUAAUAACACCAUCCUCACUGUUGUAGAUCGCUUUUCCAAGGCUGUUCAUUUCGUGGCACUUUCCAAACUCCCCUCAGCUCAAGAGACUGCUAACCUCCUGGUACAAUACGUGUUCCGCCUCCACGGCAUCUCACUAGAUAUUGUCUCCAACCGGGGGCCCCAAUUCAUCUCGCAGGUUUGGAAGGCAUUUUGCCAAGCUCUCGGGGCAUCUCUCUUUUCCAGUUUUCACCCUCAGACCAACAGCCAGACUGAGAAAGCUAACCAGGACCUCGAAGCUGCCCUCUGAUGUGUGGCAGCUACCAACCCCUCCUCCUAGAUCGAUCAAUUCACCUGGGCCGACCGAGUAUGCACACAACUCCCUAACUAGUUCAGCUUCUGGAUUAACUCCUUUCAAGUCUUCUCUACUAGCUACCGCUGUUUCCCUCCCAGGAAAGCGAGCUAGCGGUCCCAUCAACACCUCCUCCGAUGAUCCCACAAGAUUUGGAGAGAGACUCAUGCAGCCCUUCUCCAGUCAGCCGAAACCAACCGGCGCAUCACAGAUCGUCAUCAGACUCCAGCUCCACCAUACAAACCAGCAAACAGACCCAGGUCCAGACCAUCCAGGUGCUCUCAGUGUUGCAGAACUACAUGCCAGCAGUUGGAUCUGAUGUCUAGAGCCUUUUGGCUCAUCUGUCAGAAAUUAGGUGUACACAGUGACAAUUUGUAAACUGUUUCAGAUGGUGAUUUUUAUCAUGUGGAUAAAAUGCAAUGAUGUUGAUUUAAGGUUUUUAAUAGUGUUUGAUUUUUAUUAGGUCAAGGAGCAACACACACUAGUAGCUAUUGAAUUGUUAGAAAGGUUCGCACACUCAGUAGCACAAAAUCUUCAGAAUGAGUCGGGUUUACAAAACGAUUUAACUGAAAAUGAUUUGAAUGAAAACGACACAGCCACUACAACCCUCGAGACAGAUUACAGAUGAAUAUAUUGGCUCAACAAAUGUUUCCCGGACGAAAAGCCUUUUUAUUAGAAAGUUUUGAAGAUGCUACCAAAGGUCCUCACGGGUAUUUAAUCAUCGAUCUCACACCCAGCUGCCCAGAACAAUACAGACUAAGGACAGGAAUACUCCCCCAUCAGUGGCUCGUCAUCUAUCUACCUAAAUCCAAGUCUUGAUCCAGCAUGUUGGUGCGUUUAAAAAGAAACGCACCUUUACUGCAUGCUUUUAUGUCACGACACAAACAUUCCCCUGACCUCGGCUCAAUAUAAAAAACUCAGAAAACAAAAGAAAAUUAUCAGGUUGCUGGCCAAUAAAAAAACAACAACUUAAAAACCAAACAUCAGGCCAGCGGUGGUGUCAAUGUUUGGAGAGCUGCUAGGGCUUAUUAGAAGAUAAAUCAUGAGUCAUAAGAUGUUUUUGAUUUCGCCACAACAGCUAAACCAUCUGAGUCAGUUGGUAGCUUCUGCUCCCAGCAAAACGAUGUGACGUACGGCAGAAAAUGAUUUGGAUGUAAAAAUUAGGGAUGUGUUAAAUGAAAAGGGUUUGAACGCCCAUGAUAAAAUUAAAAACUACAACGCUCUGCUGCAAAGAUACCUAGCUUUACUCAAACAAGAUGAGAAAGAUGACUGUCUUAUCACUUUGACUCUAACCCAAGAAUCUGGGGAACAAGAAAAUCAGCGAGAAGACAAACAAUUAACGUUGGAUGAAACUGCUAGCGAGGUGCUGCAAAACCUACCUAUUUGCUACCGUAACAAUGCAGAGUACAUUAUGAAGAAAUUAACCAAGAGUGGAUGGGCUCCCUUUGGAGAGAUUGUUCAUACAGGAGAGAUUGCCAAAGGCUCACACCUGCUAGCCCUGUUUAAAAAUCUCUCCGUCACGCUUAAAAAAUCCCAGUGAUGGACGGGGUUUCUAAAUACUUUACGGAAGCUCAACAUCCCUUCAUCCUUGAUGAGUAACCCCCGUGCUCGCGAGCAAUAUCAUAAACUUCAAAAGGGAGGACCGCGUUGGAAUGAAAAAACAGACACCCUAAGCACAGCGUUGGGACGAUGAGAUGGAAACAUUACCCCCGCCGUUAAGAUCAGGAAAACGAAAGAAACAUAUACCUUUAUCCCCUAGCUGGCUUUAUUUGAAUA